AUGGAGAGAGGUUGAGGUGGCCGAGCUCCGGCCCGAGGCAUCGGGGCGCCGGGAAGGCGAGAAUGUCGGCUUCGUUAGUCCGGGCCACUGUCCGGGCUGUGAGCAAGAGGAAGCUGCAGCCCACCCGGGCCGCCCUCACCCUGCAAAAAAUGAAAAUUGCCUGGGGAAUGACUAAGGAAAUGCAGUAUUGAGGAUGGAAAGUUUCUACUACAAGGAAUAGAAACGCUAUGGCAUUGGAUAAAGUAAAAACACCUUCAGCAGUAAACAAGAUAAAACAGCUUCUUAAAGAUAAGCCUGAACACGUUGGUGUGAAAGUUGGUGUCCGAACCAGGGGUUGUAAUGGCCUUUCCUAUACUCUGGAAUAUACAAAGACAAAAGGAGACUCUGAUGAAGAAGUUGUUCAAGAUGGAGUCAGAGUGUUCAUCGAGAAGAAAGCACAGCUAACACUUUUAGGAACAGAAAUGGACUAUGUUGAAGACAAAUUAUCCAGUGAGUUCGUGUUCAAUAACCCAAACAUCAAAGGAACGUGUGGCUGCGGAGAAAGCUUUAAUAUUUGACUCCUCAAGACUGCUCAGGCUGUAGGCCCCAGGAGAGCUGUGGAAGCUCUAGGGCUCAUUGAAGAAGUCAUAGGACUGUCGCAUGCUUAAGGUUUGUAAUGUAUGGCUGCCUUACAAGGAAAAUAAAGUGAUGCAUUUGAAAAUGAAGCCAGUGUGUUAGAUUCCAGAAGAAUUGAUACUUGUGUCCUUUAUAGGGGACAGAAAAUGAGAAUCUGUUGCUCUCUUUGUGUCGUCUUUCUGAUCUGUAAAGAAAAAAAGUUUUACCCGGCAAUUAAAUUCUCCUUCCUGCAUCCUUUCUGUUAGAGCUAGUUUCAUGGAAGUUGCCUUCCUGGGGGGAUUUUAGAAAACAUAUUCUUAAUAGGUGUAGAUUGGUAGAUCUUUUGAAAGGAUUGAACGUACAUCUCCCAGCAAGAUGGAUGACUUUUAAAAUUCAGAGGCAGGAAGUCUUGACUGCUGGUGUGGUGUGGUGGUGCAUUGUUUUUCUACCCAAACUGGGCACAGCGUUUCUACAUUUUUAUCUAAAACUUGUCAGAUGCCUCAUUUGCUUACCUGCAGCAUCCCCAGCCAUUAAAGUAUUGGAAAAAGAUUUCCUUGAACUGUAGUGCAGAAUAGUUCUGAGUGAUGGGAUCAAAAGGUAAAUACCUCACCCACCUGUUUUUAAGUCCAUUUCUUUUGGCCACCCUAAGCAUCUGCUCGGAUAUGGGAUCUCAAGUGGACUUAGAUCCUUUUAGUCAGAAGGUCUCUUAAAAGCCAUCUAGCCCAUCCCCUCAGUUCUAUACCCAGGGAAGCUGAAGGGCUUUUGUCCCCCCUCACACUGCAGGCUGGGUAGGGGCACAGCAGGACCACCCACAUCUCCCCCUCUUGUAGGUGACACGCCAGCCCUGCGCUCCAAGGCAGUCAGUGAAGGUAAACGGGUGGUCUGGCUGCUUUAUCUGGUGAACAUUUGGAUAAGAUUUCUUUGUAAUUUGGAGAGCAUAUUUAGUUUUAUUUUAUUUGGGGUGAGAAGAAUCUUAUUUUAAAACCCAUUUAUGUGAAUUACUAUCUUGUUUCACCAAGACUGUGGAAGAGUCGUUUAUACUAGCAGGAAAGAAGACAUUGUAGCCACCCAGAACUGUUCUUUUGGAAGGUAGUAGUAAUUGUGAAGCAGAACAUGGGAAUCUUUUCUUAUAAUUCCCAAUAUUGUGUGUACACUCUGGGUCCUAAGUCCAAUUGCUAAAAUUUUUAAGCCUAAUAUUUUAACCUGACAUUUUAUCACCAACUUUUCUUUAAAAGUGUUCCUUUUGUCAUUUAGUUAUUGAUUUUCCUGGGUUUGACAUAUUAAGUGUUCUGUGAGAUGACAUAUUUGCUUUUUUUGAAAGCCGAUUCUUAAUGAAUUGAAGUAGCUGAGUUCUUUUAUGUUUUCAUAUUUACUAAAGUACCAGGCACAAAAUGCACCAAAACCCAGAGCAGUAGCUUUAUGUAAAUGCUCAUGAAUUUGUAUUGUUAAUAUAACUGUCAACCCACUUAUAAUUUGUGCAAUACUGUAUAUAUGCAGAUUGAGGUGCCAAUAAAAAAAAAUGUAGCCUCUUUGUGAUCAUAAAA